UCAAAUUAAUUUAUACCAGUCAAUUAAUAAUAUCUCGCUAUAGGGGAAGUGUUCCAACCUGUUCAUGUUGCAGUCGGAACAUGGAUAUGUAACGGGCGGGUCUGCCCGAUACUAAUGGGACAACGAUAAACAGAUCUAUUCUUUUAUUUUCGUCAUGAAUACAUUCAUAAAAACAAUGCUUACCAAUUGGCAAUUACAAAUUGACUAUAUAUAGUCUAGGCUACGUGACUGUCACUCAAUCUCAACACAGUGAAUCUCUCAAUCUCUUCAAUUUUCACUCUCUCUGUCGUACACAGCGUUAUAUAUGUAACGUAAAACAGACGGCCGGGAUAUCCCGAGCCAGGACCUAUUGUGACGUAAGCACGUGCAGAAAUUUAUUAUAUAUAUCCCGAGAAUAUGAUUACAUAAGGAUACACUUAAUAACAGUAUAUAAAUUAAAACAUAUAGCAUAUAUGAUAUUUAUAUAUUCAAUAUUCAUGCACAUUUGCUCAUAUAUUGGGCAUGACCCAUCACAGGUAUAUAGCGCCAAAGUCAAUAAUGUGUUGUCUCGAAGAUGUGCCACGGCCGGAUGUUGAAUGUUAAAACGAAUUCAAUGUAUACAGAUGUUUUACAAUAAGGAACCCUGAACCGUUGUGGAUGUAUUCUUGUAGCAACCCUGAGAUGGUGAGCUUGGCAGGUUGUCUACAAAGCUGCAACCUCUGCCAUCCAAGCUCGUCAAGCAUAGCAGUCACGCUGUCUGUGGAGCUGUAGUUGCCAGUGACAACAUUAGAUGCUUUUCAUAUUCUAUAUGUUGGCCUAGGUAAUGGGGGUCUCACACGCUUGACAAAUACACUAUCCAUGGAUGCACAAAGGUGCUGUCUUGAUGUCCCUAGGGCAUGAUGACAGGUUGCACCUAAGAAAUGCUGUGGUGUCGCUGGCUUUUCUGCUGAUGGUGUUGCUGGCUUUGCUGCUGAUGAUGUUGCUGGCUUUUCUGCUGAUGGUGUUGAUGUGCUUAGGUUGUCCUGAUUGUAAUUCUGAGGUAUUUGACAUUCUUGCUGGUGCUCAUUGGCCUUGUUGUUGAUGUGAUAUGGCAUGUAUACCCUCCUUUUCUUCAUGAUAAUGUGAAUUGCCUCACAUUUUUCUGGUUUGAAGUGCAUCUGCCAUUGGUGCUCCCAUUCCUGGAGGUUGUUGAGGUCCUGUUAUAGAGUAGCUGCAGAACUGUAGCUCUCUGAAAAAAUAUUGUGACAACGAUUCCGUCACAAUAUUUUUUCAGAGAGCUACAGUUCUGCAGCUAGUUGUAGAGAGGCGCUGUCAUACAGGAGGCAGUCAUCUUGAGCAGCCUGACAUUGCUUGGUAGGUCAUUAAUGAACACCAGGAAUAGGAUCAGUCCAAGGGCAGACCCCACAGGUAACAGGUGCUGUGUCAGAUGAUUUCCCGUAUAUACUACGACCUUCUAUGUAUGUUCUCCAAGGAAAGCCUCAAUCUAAUGCGAUAAUGAUGUAGUUUGCAUAGAAGUUGUUGAUGUAUUGAGAUAAAUACAUGUAUUGUAUAAUUCAUAUUGAUGUAUUGAGAUAUGUAUCAUAUAGUAAGGUCUGCAUUAUUAACACAGAUCUUACGAUAUGAUACACAUGUAUGUAUUUCGAAACAUCAGCACGAUAUGAUACAUGUAUCCCACUAUUGAAACAAACUGAGUGUCGUUCCACCCCUGUAAUCAGAGGAUGAAACAUGAACAGAUGAUUUGAUUUCAUCAGGGAAUAAUUCAUUACAUUGUAAUUAUCAGAUUUACCAGUAGAGAUGUGUAUACGUUGUCAGUAUUUACUUUGUAUAUUUUCUUGUUUUUAUUAUUAUGACCUUAAAAUGCCACUGUGAGGGGACCAGGACUGAAUUUAAAAAUAUUUAUCUGGGUCAGAAAUUGAAUUUGGAUCAUCAGGAUCCCCAGGACUUCCUACUAGUCAAGUGCUCAACCCACUGAGCUAUAUCCAUUUCCAGUGAAUAAAUGGUCAAACAGUAAAAUUGCAUAAACAGUUGAACUGCAUUUCAUAAGACAAGAAUUAGGCAGACAAAAUAAUUUCAUCAUAAUAGAGGAAAGUUUGUCUUUUUUAAUGAAAUAUUUGUUUUCAGCUGCAUAUAGGAUAAUUUAGCUGUUGUGCGUGUAAUUGAUGAGGGGGCAUACCUCCAGUACUGAAGGCCUGUGUUGCUGUGAAUAUGAAGAUAAUCAGGGGCAGAGAAAUCACAUCUUGGCCUGUUGUUGUGAUUGCGAGGCUUUCGACCAUGCUGUAGACAGGUGUAUAACGUGUCGAAGUGUACCAGCUGAGACUAUGGAAAGAUUCUUCAAAACCUUAGAAGACCGUUGUCGUGUACCAGGCAUCAUGGGUCGGGGAGCCCUGAAAGUGCGACUGGAUGUGGUAGUUCCCAUCAUCAUCAUUCCUGUCUGUCUGGGGAUGGCCACUUGGGGACCCGUAAUGACCAUUCUGAUGCUGACAUUAAUGCCAAUAUUCCUGCUGUGGUUCUACCGGUUGUGGAAGAGAAACACUAAAAAAGACAAGACCUUGUUCUUUUACUCCUGGGGGCUGAUGUCGGUUGUGGUGAUAUUUGUGGUGUUUGAGUCGUGUGUGGUUGGCUUUCGUGAGAUUCUGCUUUGGGAGCAUCUACUGCUUCUCACUGCAAUGUUCUUCAUGCUCUAUAAUUUUGUGAUAACUAAAUUAAAUACACCAUACUUAAAAUCCAUAAAGCGACAAAGGAACUUUGAAAAGAUUAAUCAGUCAGACAGACGAGUUAUUUACGCUGAUGACAGUGUUAAAGUGCCAUUGAGUUUAGAAGAAAUGACAGCUGAUGAAUUGCCAGAAUCUGAUGUAAAAUGGCUGGAUUCGAGGCCCAUUACAAAUGGAAAACUUGUAACAUGGUGCCAGUCCUGUAACCUGAAAAAGCCUCCAAGAUCUGGCCACUGUAAUGUUUGUAAAGCUUGUGUGUCUGUCCGUGACCAUCACUGUGUCUGGAUUGAUGCUUGUAUAGGAGCUGAAAAUCACCGUAGCUUCAUUCUGUCUAUGAUGUUAUUUGUGUUCUGUGGUUACUAUGGAUCCCAUCUUUCCAUGACAACACUCUGCACGCCUAAGAUGUAUUUCGACUGGUUUUUAUUACCCAAUGACUGUCGUUUUUUGUACAUUGACUUACAAACGUCUGCUAGUUUUGUGGCGGCCUGCUACACAUUUAUGGCUUCCACCUGUAUGCUGUUUGGUCUAGUGUUCCAGUUCUUGUUGAUCAGCCAGAACUUAACCUCUCAAGAAUUCCACAUUGCCUCCAAGAGAAACAUGCUAAGGAGUGGUCUGUUUGCUACUAAAAAUGUGUACAACCAAGGCUUAAUCCACAACUGGUUCAAUUUCUGGCUGACAGGACGCAGUGACACACGGACAGGUGUCAUCACCUUAUAAUGCACACGCAGACAGCUCAUUUUUAGAAUUAUUUUUGUCUAUAUAUUGCCAUGUGUAUUUAGAUACCUGCAUUUUCUAUACACUUGCCAAAAUGUAAGCCCUAUUAAUGUUAUGGUACUGUAGGUUCCUAAAUAUGAUUGAGAAAUUUAUUUUCAUGUAAUUUUGCGAGAAGCAUCACUCGCAAAAUAAAAGUACUCGCUUUAAUUUUAUUUUUGCUAAUAUACAUGUAAAAAGUCUUGAUUAAGAGACCACUUGUGAAUUCAUGUUCUCCCGAUUUGAAGUCUACGAGUAAUUUUGCGAUAUAAAGUACUCUCGUAAAAUAAGAAAUCUACAGUAUUCUGUCAUUGUGGUGUGUGUAGUACGUUUUGCUGCGGUUUCAUCAGUUUUCUAUUGACCAGGAAAUACAAUUUCUGCCCAUAACCAAAAAACGAUGCUAAUAGUUCUGCAUAAAAUUACAUGUGAAUGAAGCUAUUCUAGGAACAUUAUAUCUCUGAAAUUUGAUGCCCACAAAAAAUUAUAAAUUCUCAGUACGGUAUGUCAUAAUAGUAAAUAGAUUUAUUUGGUAUCCUGUCACAAUAUAUACAUGUACUAGGAAAGCAUAAUCUCAUUGGGAAUUGAACAAGGAAAGACAUACUCUUUAAAAGACAUUAUGUCAUAUCCAUGUAUUAUUAAAAUGAUACAAAAAAAUGUUUGAAUAUCAAGGAUUUGAAUUGUGACAUUAUAAAACAGGACAGCUCUUUAAAGCUCAAGAGCUUAAAGGGAUUGAUUAACAAUUUCCCCCAAAAUUUUGUUUUUCAUCAUGACAGAUACUCAUUAUAGAGAGUUUAUUAUUUCUUUUGAAAACAAGAUUGCGGUAUGUUAUUGUUUACGAAAUUUGCCAAAGAAAUGGAUAUCGAUCUAAAUUUAUUAUAUCUUUUGCAUUUCAAGCAUUCUUCGGGUAAAAUGUGUCAUCUAAAAGUUAAAAUUUGUGACUGCAAAAUAAGAUGCUUUACAUACAAAA